AUUUUUUGUCUUGUUGGAGGGUGAUUUCAUCAGGAAGGCAAGACACCCGCUACUGUGGUUAGCUAUAUUCAUGUGAUUCCGACUUACGUUAGUGCUAGCAGCCAUACAGCACCCGCAACAACAAGGCAUUUCAGGGUCCGUGGUCCCUGUUGACAUACGGUGAAAUUGUCGUUUACAAUGUCUCUUCCCGACGAUUUGCCGGAGAUGGAUGGACAAGACUUGCUUGGUCUCCUGUUUGAAGACCAAGACGUUGGGCCCCAUGACCCGUUAUUUUCUGACGGGGAUAAGCUUAUUGACGACUGGCUGUCUGAACAAGAUGUGCUAAAUGGCAUGGACACAGAAGACUUCCUCAGCAGCCUGCUGGGUGAGGAGGUGAUGGCUGACACUUCCUCCUGCCUCUCGCACUCCCCCCGUGGCAGCGACAGCGGCAUCUCCGACGACAGUGGCGGUGGCGCUGCCAACUUCCACUGCCAAAGCCCCCAAAGCAGCGAUACGGAGCUGGCCCACAGCCCCGUCGGCAUGGACUCCUCUCCCGAAGGGCUGCCCGAAGGCCCCGAGGUUCUGGCCAUCCAGUCCGAUCACAGUUACUCUCUCCUGCAGAACGAUGGCAACGCACUUGAGAGUGUCCGGUCCGAAAGACCCGACUGUGAUGUCUUCAUCGACCUCGAUGACUUGGAGGAGACCAUGAUGGAAGAUUGUUCUGAUGAGCUCCCUUGCUCUCUCACAAUAGAGGAUUCGGUGCAUCAGAGCAACACACCAGAGCAGUUCCAAUUCAAGGAUCUCGUUCUUACUGAUGAAGAGAGGAGGCUUCUUGCCAAAGAAGGAGCUACGCUACCAACUCACAUGCCUCUCACAAAGGCUGAGGAGCGAACACUGAAACGUGUGAGACGAAAGAUCCGUAACAAGCAGUCCGCCCAGGAGAGCCGCAAGAAGAAGAAAACCUACGUGGAUGGUCUCGAGAACAGGGUUGCUGUGUGCACUGCUCAUAAUCAGGAACUGCAGAAGAAGGUCCAGCUCUUGCAGAAGCAAAACAUGUCCUUAAUUGAACAGCUCAAGAAACUCCAGGCCAUCGUGAAAAUAUCUACGAUGAAGACCACCACAACCAGCACCUGUAUUAUGGUAUUCCUGCUGUCCUUCUGUUUGAUUAUAUUCCCAUCUGUCAAUCCAUUUGGCAGCAGUCAACAGAAGGGAGAACUGUAUGCCCAAUCACAAGUGGUGUCGAGGAACCUCCGCUCCUACGUGGGGAAGCUGGACGAGGAGCCGGCGGCGGUGGUAGCCACGGCGGUGGAGAACACCAUGUUCUCCAGUCUCAACCAGACACCGGGCGUUCAGAGGGUGGAGCAGCCGGACUCUGAGACAGCCGCCAACAGCAACUCGUCAUCGGAUUUCCCCAAUGCCGCGCAACAGGACCUGAAGCCUAGCAGCAACCUGGCCCCCGAGGGCCACUGGGAUACCGCUGCCCCACCCGUUGUCUACGAAGGAAGCAAAGCCAAGGAGAACUGGAUCGACCCCAAACCCACUUCUGUCAUCCUACAGCAACAUCGCUCUGAUGAGAUGUAGGCUUUAAAGGGAUUCUUUUUAUUUUUUAAUUCAGGGACAAUUUUCUCUGAAGGGCCCCAUAAAAGACCCUUAUCUUGACCUCUGUCCUUGGUGUCAUAUAGGGCAACUUGUGCAAUCCAUGUUUUUUGUAAGCCUUGAUAUAUUGGUUAUAAAUGUAAUUGAUUGUCGGGAGUAUUCUCCAAAGAUAAUGAAUUUAGGAGAUUUCAUACAGGGCCCUUCAAAUUAUAUAUUAUUUUUUGUUGUCUACUUUUUUUAAAUUUUAGAAAGUGUACGUUGUGCUGGCCAGUAUAACAGCACUUUGUGCUUGUAUGUUGCUACUGAUCUUUGACAGCACUUUCUUUAUGCACCUUUAAAGCUACUUUGUAUGUAAUAGGCUAUGUCAUGCAAUGUCAUGUCUGGCAAGGAGAAAUUCAAGUUUGUCCCUUAGUGCUCAUUAAUGAUCAGUCCUGGGCUGUAGAACCAUGCGCUCCUCUAAUGUAAAAGCCAUUGCAGGACAUUUGGCCAUUAGUCAUAUUCACUUCCCUUGUAACAAGGGUGUCCAUGCUUCUAGUAUUUCUUCACGUCACUUAACCUGCCUAGAUGUUUGCAGACGCCACCGGAUUGAGUUGCUCUUAAAUAAGAAAGGACUGUUUUACUUUCCAUUCUUGGAUCUAUAUUUUCCUCUGAAAAUAUUGUUUCUGUUCUUACAUUUAGAUUUUAUUUUUGCUUACUUGAUUUUGUUUUGUUUUGCUGUAAAUGUGAUUUUGCAGCCCUUUGUGCUAACAUUACAUUGGCUUGUAAUCAACUUUUUUGAAAUGGUUGUGGGUUUGGGAGUAUCUGGUAUUUGUUAUAUUGGUUCCUGAAAAUGUAAUGACCUGCUUUGUCAGUGAUGCAUUUAGUCAUCUUUUUUAUUUUAUGCUUUUUAUUUGUUUCUGUAAAGAUGCAAAGUUAUGGGUCUUUAAUUUUACUACCUAUUCAUAAUAAUUUAUCUAAAUGUUAUUGUUAUAAAGUAGCACUGAUGUAUCCUAGCGUAUAAUGUGAAUGUGUACUUCUUCAGAUCGUGUUACUGAACAAUAAAUUAAAAUGAAUGUUUUAUUAAAAA